AUGACGCCUCAAACCCGGCAAGACGACUUUUGCCUCGAAUGCAACUGGGAGGCGUUCCAUAUCGAUGGCAAGGAUACGUUAGAAGAGCCGGGUACUUCCCUACAACAUCAUUGGAACUGCUCAAGCUACGAAGACACAUCGCUGCCCCAUUGUGAGCUCGACGAAGCCUGCUGUGAUGUAGACGACUGCGCGCUAGAUUGUGGCUCAACAUGCGACGGUUUUACGGGGUGUGAUACCUCCACUGCAUGCUCAGUUGCUCACUGUGAUGAUGACAACUGUGAGGACGACGAUUGCGAGGGCGAUAAAUGCGACGAAGAUCAUUGCGACACCUCCCACUGUAAAGAAGAUAUUUGUGGGGACACACACUGUGAGGGUAUUGACCCUCUAUGCUUCGAAGACCACUGCUGCGACGAGACGGAGAGUCAAAGCUGUGGCUAUGGCAGUCUCUUUGGUCUCAACCCUUCAUUUUCGCUUGAUGCAAGCAUCUUUCCUUCCACGUCCAUGAUAAACCAUUCUGUCACUCUCCCGACGAAAGACAUGCAAUAUCCACUCCCUGGCACUACCAAUCCGAGCCAGCAGCGAAAUCUUUUAUCCUCAUACCAAGCGCAUGCCACCCACUGCGAGCAGGAUGUGCAGAAUCACUUCGAUUGUGAUGACUUUCAAAAGGAUUGGCAGGAGCUCUUUGGGGCAUUUCCUGCCCCGGCACAGUCCGACGUUAAUCCAGCAGAAGUUUUCCACAUGCUUGGGAUGUGUUCCGAUUUCUCGAUAUGCCAAGAUCAACACAUACCAGGGCAUCAGAACGGUGUCGACAGCUUUGACAAACCCAGUAUGAAUCACAAUAUCGAUACCAACAUCAACACGCCAGACGCAUUCAAUUGCUUCAAUCGAGAACAUCAUCAUGUCCACAGCUACUCUAAACCGUCCAAUGACCUGAACAUGCAAACUGUCCGGAGAGGACCGCAUCGCAGUCAUGAUCGCUGCCGAGCUCAUACGCAUGCGCAUUGUCACCCAUACUCCCCUUAUUCACGACAAUAUCGAUCCAGUGUCAGCUCUCACCUCUACUCCAGUCCAGGGGAUACUCCACCGUCUCUCGAGGGUGAUGCAUCAUCCGUAUUGACCACACCGGACUUUGCUCCUAAUGAGAAGGAGCUGCAUAUCUGCAAGUGGUCAACAGAGGUUCACGGAACCAAGGCUCCCUGCGGUGCCAUAUUCUCCGACUCUCGUGCUCUGCAAGAGCACCUCGUUGCCAAUCAUAUGAAUACUGUGAAUGGUGCCAAGGGCAAUGGAUAUUACUGUUGCUGGGAAGGAUGCCACCGUCCAGAUGAGCCAUUCUCACAGAAGUCCAAACUUCAAGGCCACUUUCUCACACACAGUAACUACAAGAAUUUCUCGUGCUCAGUGUGCGGCAAGACGUUUGCCAGACAGGCAACCUUAGACCGACAUGAACGCAGUCACCGAGGGGAUAAGCCAUAUACAUGCAAGGACUGUGGCAAAUCCUUCACGGAUAGCAGUGAAUUGAAAACACAUUCGCGCACUCAUACUGGCGAAAAGCCUUUCAAAUGCACCUGGCCAGGAUGCAACUUCACAACAGGCGACUCUUCGAAUAUGUCAAGUCACAGACUCACUCACGGAGAGCGAAAACAUAAAUGUCUCUUUCCAGGGUGCACCAAGAGCUUUACUCGUCCAGACCAGCUGAAGCGCCAUCAGAGGACAACGCAUAAACAAGAAUCUCCCGUGACCCUUCAAUCACCGAGCCUGGAUACUUUCACGAUGACCCCAUUCACUCUCGUUUGA